CAACACCCGUACGAGCCGUCACUGCAGGGCAUCCUGCUGGCGUCCAGUUCGCUACAGACGGACUCGCCGACGCCACCGACUUCGAAUCAGUCCAACCAGUUGCUUCCGGCGAGCAGCAGCUCCGGUGGCAGUCAUCAGCAACAGCAGCAGCACCAGCAGCAGCAUCAACAUCAACAUCGGCUGAAUCGAAGACAAUCGUCCCAGGAGGAUUCGCAGGCCGGCGGUACGGGUUCGGCCGGCGGCUACCAGCGGGCACCGUACGCCGAGUCGGAAUCGAUCUCCUCCAAGCACACGUCCGUUCUGGUUAGCUACUGGACCUGCCUGACGGAACGGAUGAGCUCGCUGAUUUGCAAGUGCUGCGAGCGGACACUGCCACCGCCGGCGGAAAGCGUUUGA